AGGGGCGGGCCCUCCGUGCCGCUGCCUCUUCGGAACACCUUUGUGCCUGCCAUCGCCUUUGCCGGCAGCCCCUCGGAGCUCGCGCGGCACGGCAGGGCAGGGAGCUGUGCCCAGAAGUGAAAGACUCGCUGCUGACUUUGCCAGCCGCACUCUGAGUGCCAAGCCUCUUCACUGUCCUACGGCGUAGCCGGCUUCUCUCACCACCCCACCCGGCGGUUCGUGCUACUCUGCGGAGCCGUGUUUUCCUCUAGAAUGUUGGCAUCAUGGUGAAGAAAAGAUAGUGCCUUCAGAGUAUAACACUGUCAUAGAAUUUCUGAAAAUACUGCCGGAUAUUGCUGGUGCUCUGUGUUCUGGAGAUCUGUUUUUGCUACAGACACUACCAAGGCUUUGCGAAUGGGAUGAAUAUGCUGCUGUUGACUGCUUACUGACAGUAACUAACUGGGCACUUCAGUGGUGAUGCUUCCAUUCUCACUCUGUCCAGUUGCAAUUUGCUUAUACUGAUUUUUAAAAAGAGCAAGGAAUCUGAGCGAAGUAUUGUAAACCUGACAUGGAUAAUAAAAAGAAAGACAAGGACAAGCCAGAUGAAAGAAUCACAAGGCCUAGUGGGAGGUCAGGCCAUAAUCCACGUGGAACUGGUUCUUCAAGCUCUGGAGUGUUAAUGGUUGGCCCUAACUUCCGAGUUGGCAAAAAAAUUGGAUGCGGUAAUUUUGGAGAACUACGGUUAGGAAAAAACUUAUACACAAAUGAAUAUGUGGCAAUUAAACUGGAGCCAAUGAAGUCGAGAGCACCACAGCUACAUUUGGAAUACAGAUUCUACAAGCAGCUAGGAUCUGGAGUUGGAAUGCCUCAGGUUUACUAUUUUGGCCCGUGUGGCAAGUAUAAUGCUAUGGUGCUAGAACUACUUGGACCUAGUCUGGAAGAUUUAUUUGACUUGUGUGGUAGGACAUUUUCUCUUAAAACCGUUCUUAUGAUAGCCAUACAGUUGAUUUCUCGUAUGGAGUAUGUCCAUUCAAAGAACUUGAUAUACAGAGAUGUAAAACCUGAGAACUUCUUAAUAGGACGACCUGGAAACAAAACCCAGCAAAUUAUUCAUAUUAUAGAUUUUGGUUUGGCAAAGGAGUAUAUAGAUCCAGAAACAAAGAAGCAUAUACCAUAUCGAGAACACAAGAGCCUUACGGGAACAGCUAGAUACAUGAGUAUAAAUACACAUUUAGGAAAAGAGCAAAGUAGAAGAGAUGAUUUGGAAGCUUUAGGUCACAUGUUUAUGUAUUUUCUCAGAGGAAGCCUUCCAUGGCAAGGUUUAAAGGCUGAUACAUUAAAAGAACGUUAUCAGAAAAUUGGAGACACAAAACGAGCAACCUCUAUAGAAGUAUUAUGUGAAAACUUUCCAGAGGAAAUGGCUACCUAUCUGCAUUAUGUGAGACGGCUAGAUUUUUUUGAAAAGCCCGACUAUCAGUACUUAAGAAAGCUCUUCACAGACUUACUUGAUCGGAAAGGCUGUGUAUUUGAUUAUGAAUAUGACUGGAUUGGCAAACAGCUGCCUACUCCAGUGGGUUCAGUACAUUCAGACCCUGCACAGUCUUCAAAUAGAGAAGCAUAUCAGCACAAAGUGCAACAAUCCAAAAAUCAGUCAACAGACCAUAGGGCAGCUUGGGAUUCGCAAGCCAAUCCACAUCAUUUGAGGGCUCACCUAACAGCUGACAGACAUGGUGGCUCAGUACAGGUAGUAAGCUCAACAAAUGGAGAACUGAACACAGAUGACCCAACUGCAGGCCGGUCAAAUGCACCCAUCACAGCUCCUGCAGAAGUAGAAGUAGUGGAUGAAACUAACUGCCAGAAAGUAUUGAACAUGUGGUGCUGCUGUUUUUUCAAGCGAAGGAAAAGGAAAACUGUUCAGCGUCACAAAUGACUUAGAACCACACCAAACAUGGGCAACUGCUUCUUUGUGCAACCUCCGUAAUUGCCACAAGUUUUCCAAGAACUGUCUCAGAAACAAUGUCAUGCUUUGAUUUUGGUUCUCCUGCAUCCAUUUUUUUAACUCAUCUAUUCUGAAAGCUUUAAGGUUUUGUCAAAUACAAGUCCUCUUUGACCACCAACAACUGGACCAGUGAAAUGGUAGAAAUGGACAGCAUCUUCAGCAAACUCGACCUGCAAAGUCAUUGUCCUGUCAUAAAGAAGAGCUAGCAGUGUUGGCUGAAGACAGGUAUAAUGAAACACCUGAGUUUGUAGCAGCUUAGCAACAGCACUUUUCUUCAAAAAUGCGAAGGAAAAUCACAGAUGCACAACUACAUAGAAAAAUAAUAAAUUCUCUUUUUUUUCUGACACCUACAUUGUUUUUCUAUUUUUUUUCUUUUGUUUCACUAUUACUGGUGAUACUGUAAUGAAAUUGUGUAGCGUUAAAUCUGUCUAUGAUACUGUGGUGCAGUCACUAUCUAGAGAUACUGAGGACGCUGAUUUAACUGUUGACAGUUGUCUAAAUGGCAACGGGUCUAAUGAACAAAAAGUAUUUCCAGUAGCCUCUAGGCUUUAAAACCUAAUUUUGUUAUGCCUAUGAUGGUGUACAGUAGAAAUGACUAUGUUUCUACAAAGAAUGAUGAGUUUUGUACUAUUUAAUUCAGUAAUUAUAGUGAGAUUGAAAUACCUUCAACAGAUUUCUCAGAAUUAUAAAAGGACAUAGUUAUGAAUCUGGUUAAAGUGGAAUCAAUAAUAAAACCUUUGUGCUUGCUGAGGUAAUUGAUGACUGACAACAUUUUAACUUGAAAAUAUGGAUGUGCCAUAUCAUGUUGGGGAUCUAUUUGAAAAUUCUUUUUUUUAAUUUAGAAAACAAAUGCAAUGGAAACAAGUGUGAUGUCUUUCUUCUCUGCAUACUAGCCCAUGGCACUCAGAAUUUCCUGAGAUUUUUAAUUUUUCUUGAAAAUUUCUUGUCUUUCAGUGUAAUGUCACUACUACACCAGGAUGGCAAAGAGCUGUCAGGGACGUAGAAGCCCAUUUUAUGUUUUCUUCUUCAGAAAAUACAUGCUUCGAAAGCCAUAAUGACAGAGGUGUUUUGUCAUGUUUACAUGCCAGUUAUUUAAAAGGAUGUCUGAGAGAUAGAAACGACUGGGCAGAUUUAUUGACUCAAACUCAUAUUAUCUCAAAUUUUUUGUAAUUCUUCUGGAGCUAAUUAGCAGUGUUUUUCUAUCUGCACAUGCCUUUUGGCAUACUUAUUUAUUUUCAUCUGUUCUGUGCUAGCCUUUAAAAUGUGUGUUGUAAGAAAUGCACACCUGUGAAUUCGUUGGUGCGUUUUACAAGGAUUUUAAUUGUGUUUUGUUAUUUAUUUUACCUUUACAGCCAAAUAUGUUUUUUUUUUUAUUAUCUGAUUCCAUGUAUACUUUAAUCUUUGUCAUUAUUACUCUUCAUGAUCUUUAGUUUUUGUUUCUAAAAAACGUGGAUUUGCCUGCAAAACCUUGCUGUGUAACAAGUUGAAUGUUUCCACUCCCAGUUUAUGUUACAGAUUAUCUCAAACUCGUGAAGUUACUUUGUUUUCAUUUGACCUGAAAAGUUAGGUUACUUGACCAUUCUUACACAGAAACACAUGGGGUUUUUUUUAGUACUUUACCAAAUAGCUUGCUUUGUAAGAUUUGUAAGUACAUGUGGUUUGUGCAUUUCUCACACACCUGAGGUUAGUUUUAUUCUCAGAGGUUUUUGACCUGUACAGUGUUUGUAUGAUCUGAGCUCUGUACACAUAAGAAAAAGUGUAUUAUGAACUUAAAAUAUUUAAAUAUAUAAAAGCUGUUCCAUUUGCUGAAAUGACACUUGCUUUUCAGCAAUAUGUUUUUUUCAAAUGUUUGAUUUUAAUGCUGAAGAAGGCUUUCUUCUAGUAAAGCAGAGCAAUCAGUACUAAUGCAAGUAUUUUCCAAUUAUGACAAUAUUUCCACUUAUUUUUUUUCCUGUCUAAUGAAGUGAACAUUGAUGGAUGUCUAAAAAUGAAACACAUGCCUGUUUAAAUAUAAAAGGAAAAAAAUAGUUUUUUAA